GGGCUAUUUUCUCUUAGUUCCGGGUAUGUCAUGUGACUCUCAGACUGCACUAUGGCGGAAGCAGAGGAGCAGGAAACUGGGUCUCUUGAAGAGUCUACAGAUGAAUCAGAGGAAGAGAGUGAAGAGGAACCCAAACUGAAGUAUGAAAGGCUUUCCAAUGGGGUGACAGAGAUUCUUCAGAAGGAUGCAGCAAGCUGUAUGACGGUUCAUGACAAGUUUUUGGCAUUGGGUACACAUUAUGGCAAGGUUUAUUUACUUGAUGUCCAGGGAAACAUCACUCAGAAGUUUGAUGUAAGUCCUGUGAAGAUAAACCAGAUUAGCUUGGAUGAAAGUGGAGAACACAUGGGCGUGUGUUCAGAGGAUGGCAAGGUACAAGUAUUUGGACUAUAUUCUGGAGAAGAGUUUCAUGAGACUUUCGACUGUCCCAUUAAAAUCAUUGCGGUGCACCCACAGUUCGUGAGAUCCAGUUGUAAGCAGUUUGUGACAGGAGGGAAAAAGUUGCUGCUGUUUGAACGGACUUGGAUGAACAGAUGGAAAUCUUCUGUCCUGCACGAAGGGGAAGGGAACAUAAGGAGUGUGAAAUGGAGAGGCCAUCUGAUUGCUUGGGCCAAUAAUAUGGGUGUGAAGAUUUUUGAUAUCACUUCAAAGCAAAGAAUCACCAAUGUUCCCCGAGAUGAUAUAAGUCUUCGGCCUGAUAUGUAUCCCUGCAGCCUCUGCUGGAAGGACACUGUGACACUCAUUAUUGGAUGGGGAACUUCCAUCAAGAUAUGUUCAGUGAAGGAACGUCACGCCAGUGAGAUGAGGGAUCUGCCAAGUCGAUAUGUUGAAAUAGUGUCUCAGUUUGAAACUGAAUUCUACAUUAGUGGACUUGCACCUCUCUGUGAUCAGCUUGUUGUACUUUCCUACGUAAAGGAGGUUUCAGAAAAAACGGCAAAAGAAUACUGUGCCAGGCCAAGACUGGACAUCAUCCAGCCACUUCCUGAGACUUGCGAAGAGAUCUCCUCUGAUGCUCUGACGGUCAGAGGCUUUCAGGAGAACGAAUGUAGGGAUUAUCAUUUAGAAUACUCUGAAGGGGAAUCACUUUUCUACAUUGUAAGUCCAAGAGACGUCGUCGUAGCCAAGGAACGAGACCAGGAUGAUCAUAUCGACUGGCUCCUUGAGAAGAAGAAAUAUGAAGAAGCUCUGAUGGCAGCUGAAAUUAGCCAAAGGAACAUUAAAAGACACAAGAUUCUGGAUAUUGGGUUGGCAUAUGUGAACCACCUGGUGGCAAGAGGAGAAUAUGACAUGGCUGCACGAAAAUGCCAGAAAAUUCUUGGAAAAAAUGCAGCCCUCUGGGAAUAUGAAGUUUACAAAUUUAAAGAAAUUGGACAACUUAAAGCAAUCAGUCCUUACUUACCAAGAGGGGACCCAGUCCUGAAACCACUCAUCUAUGAAAUGAUCUUACAUGAAUUUUUGGAAAGUGAUUAUGAGGGCUUUGCAACGUUGAUCAGAGAGUGGCCUGGAGAUCUGUAUAACAAUUCGGUGAUAGUUCAAGCAGUUCGAGACCACCUGAAAAAGGACAGUCAGAACAAGACUUUAUUGAAAACACUGGCAGAGCUGUACACCUAUGACAAAAAUUAUGGCAGUGCUUUGGAAAUAUACUUAACGCUAAGACAUAAAGAUGUUUUCCAACUGAUACACAAGCAUAAUCUUUUCAGCUCCAUCAAGGAUAAAAUAGUUUUACUAAUGGAUUUUGAUUCAGAGAAAGCGGUUGACAUGCUUUUGGACAAUGAAGAUAAAAUUUCAAUUAAAAAAGUUGUAGAAGAAUUAGAAGACAGACCAGAAUUGCAACAUGUGUAUUUGCACAAGCUCUUCAAGAGAGACCAUCAUAAGGGACAGCGCUACCAUGAGAAACAGAUCAGUCUGUAUGCUGAAUAUGAUCGACCAAACCUCCUUCCCUUUCUCCGAGACAGUACCCAUUGCCCACUUGAAAAGGCUCUUGAGAUCUGUCAACAAAGAAACUUUGUAGAAGAGACAGUUUACCUUCUGAGCAGAAUGGGAAACAGUCGAAGUGCCCUCAAGAUGAUUAUGGAGGAAUUACAUGAUGUCGAUAAAGCAAUUGAGUUUGCCAAGGAGCAAGAUGAUGGAGAGCUCUGGGAAGACCUGAUUCUGUAUUCCAUUGACAAACCACCAUUUAUUACUGGCUUGCUAAACAACAUUGGCACACACGUGGACCCGAUUCUACUAAUCCACCGUAUAAAGGAAGGAAUGGAGAUUCCCAAUUUGAGAGAUUCCUUGGUUAAAAUUCUUCAGGAUUAUAACUUGCAGAUUCUGCUUCGGGAAGGCUGCAAGAAAAUCCUCGUAGCUGACUCUUUGUCGUUACUGAAGAAAAUGCACCGAACCCAAAUGAAAGGCGUUCUGGUCGAUGAAGAGAAUAUCUGUGAAUCAUGCCUAUCUCCCAUCCUCCCAACAGAUGCGGCUAAGCCCUUCAGUGUGGUGGUCUUCCACUGUCGACACAUGUUCCACAAGGAGUGCCUACCCAUGCCAAGCAUGAGCACUCCUGCACAGUACUGUAACAUCUGCAGUGCCAAGAGCCGUGGGCCUGGAAGUGCCAUCCUGGACAUGAAGAAGUAGCCCUGCAUGCUCACCAGCCUGCCCUUUGCUGCCCUGCAUAAUCCAUGCUGAGCCACAGUAGCUGUGUUGACAUCAGGGCUAACCUGUGCUCUGCAUCAGUUGCCUCUCUAGACCUGCCUUCCAGAAACUUCUUCCUGUCACUGAUGGAGAAGUCAGGGCUAUUCCCAUGCUGUGAAAUAUUUGGAUUCAUAAUCAGUGUUUCAUGAUUUGUUUCUUUGGAUGCUUUAGUUAGCAAAUGAAAACCUAAAUCUCAGAGUCAGAAAUGACUUUGUGACUUAUUCACACCACCGGGCCUGAGGUGCACUGUUGAAAACUAGCCCUGCUGUCUGAGAACAUCAGCAGCUGCAGGCAGCCAAAAGCUCUGCUGAAAGCAAUUCUGGCAUUCCUGGCUUCGUUGUUUAUAUGUCAUAACUUUGGUUCACUUCCUAAUACACAUUUAAUGAAACACUGAAAACUGUCACUCAUUCAGUGACAUAUGGGAAUACCAUUAGCUGAUGUCCUGCAACUUUAUGUUUGCUACUUACAUUCCAUAUGUUCUGACUAGUAGAAUUUCUGGUCCUCUCAGGCACUCAGUGUUUCCUGAAUGAAUAAAUGUUGUUCUUCUCAUUGUGAAACCUUUAUUGCAAGCAAACCAGUGCCCUCUAAGGCAUAGAGGUGAGUUUUGGCACCUUGGUACCUGAAGAGCUGUUUUUGAUAAAUCAAGAGGAAGCCAGUGAGCCUGUCAGAGAUAGGAGACUCUCCAGAGCAGUGGGAGGCUAAAAUGCCAAGGACAAGCUUGGGAUGCCCCUCCCUGCCUCCAAGAACAGGCUAGGAAUAUGCCUUACUGCCUCCAAGGAUGGGCUAAUGAUGUCCUUCACUGCCUCUGAUGAUGGGCUAGGAAUGUCCUUCACUGCUUCAACUUUUCGUUGUUCUUAACAUUUCCAGUUUAAUUUAAAGACUCUGCUUAUUAAAUGUUAUCACUUCAUUUGCUAUUUGGAGCAGGUGCAUGUCCAGGAAAUUCUCACAGAACUUAUUAACAAGGGGAACUAAUUUUACUUCCAGGUUAAAUUACACUAAUUACUAAUUACUGGAUCACAUUUGGACAAUAAUCCCUAAGUGCAGAAAAGGAGUAGUAAGCUGUUUUCAUUCUUAACUGAGCUGAGAUAAAGUGUGUUCAUUCCAUUCUUCAAAAAUAACCUUUAAAUCUCCAAAGCAAGAAAACGCCACCUUGUCUCCCUGAAUGACUCUUUCCUUUCGAACAAACUGUGGUGGAUAGUUAUACUAAAGGAUAAUCAUUUCUAUUAUAUUUAAAUAUAACAAAAUAAUGAAAAUGGUAGUCAUCUCACUUUUGUAAUCUGUAAAUAGUCCUUGUGAACAGAUCUAAAGGGCUAAAGAAAUGUUUCAAAUGUUAAGAGCACUGGCUGCUCUUCCAGAGGACCUGGGUUCAAUUCUCAGCACCCACAUGGCAGCUCACACCUACCUGUACCUUUAAUUCCAGGGGACCUGACACCCAUUUCUGGCCUCUGUAAGCAACAGCCCUGUGUGGUACACACACAUAUAUUCAGCCAAAACAUACAUAAGUACAGAUAAAAUAAUUCAAAAUAUUUUAAAUAAAUAAAACAUGCCUGAAGCCAGCUAGGCCCACUUGUACCUAAGAUUGAAGGCACAAUUGCUUAUCCUUGAAGAAAACUGUCCUAUGCAUGGGAAUCAGCCAAGUUCAAAGUUAUCUAGUGACAACAGUUUUGUUUUGUUUUUAACCAGCAUUUCCUACUACUUGGUGUUCAUCCUUGAAAAGUUUUCAGACACUCUCAGUCAGUUGUUUGGACAUUACAGUGCUUUAAUAUUAUAAAACAAAUCUCAGUAGAGUCACUACUUUGUGUGGGACUGUUAUGAGCCCUUCCCUAUGUCCUUUAACCAGCCUACCAGCCAUACAGGAAGGCUUCUUACUAGAUUGCCUGUUUGUCUAUGACAAAGACUCAGCAGCUCACCACAGGUCAAGGUGGGAGUCAGUGUGCCACCUGGAUUCAAACUCAGCUAGUCUGCCUUCAGAGUGCCUGCUCCAAACCACUCCAGAUCUUUUUUGGAGAAGUAUUCACUUGACUUGAUCAGUGUGUAGAAAGUUAAACCCACUCUUGGAAGAGAAAGGUAUUAAUUAUGAAGUGUCAGUGGAUGGCUGAAUUACUGGUGGAUCUGAAGAGCAAACUGUAGGCAGAUUCUAGAAGCAUCAAGCAACCACACAGCCAGGCUGCUGUGGCUACCCUGAAACCACUGCCCAUUUCCACCAGAGGGCGGCUGCAACCUACAGUAAGAGUCAUCAUGUUGUGUAAAUAAAAUGUUAUGUUCCACAUAAAAGUUUUAAUAGCCUUAAGGGAUACUGGGUAAGCACAUGCAUGCAAGGGAGCCGUUUCUAUGUUAAAUCCUUGGUCAAUGUGUUAUGGUGUUUUAUUAAAGCCUGGGCUGUUAACACUA